UCGUUUCCGAAACAUCCCAACCUCCCGCUUGCGAUCUUGCGAAAAAAAAUCUAGCAAACUAUAAAUAGAAAUCGCAAUGCAACUGGUGAAGCUGUCGAAGCCUAUCUAUGUGACUGAGUGAAUGAGACUGUUAGAGAGAUCGAUUGAGCAAGCAGGCCUAGCGAACAUCAAACCCAGGGUUUCAAAAAGUAUGGCGACGACCUCAAUAGCUUCGCUGCUCAAAUCCUAUUCAGUUCCGCUUGUUCUCCUUUCCCUUGCCGUCUUCCUUCAGCUCGUCGUUAUACCUUCUUCAUUCCCUCUUUCUCAUUACGACGUUCUCGGUAUCAAGAGGGAUAGUUCCAUAGAAGAAGUCAAGGAGGCUUACGAGAAGCUUUCGGCCAGAUGGAACUCGGGUGUGGAGAUCCCUGUCACAGUUGAUUUUAUCAAGAUCCGCUAUGCCUUUGAGCUGUUGACCAAUCCGUUGUGGAAGAGUGACUACGACAACUUUGGCAUUGAUGAGCAACUUGAUGUUGUUGAAAAGGUCAAAGGAAAAUAUCUUGGGAAAAGUUUUUCAGAAAUUGAUCUUCCACUUUUAGAUACUUCUAAUUCUGGUACUGGAGGUGAUAUUUUUAAUGUGAUCACAACUGAAGAUUUCAAAACUACUAUUGGGAGAAACAAGGCAUGGCUAAUUCAGGUUUAUUCAUCUGGGAGCUCUCGCUGUGCGCAAUUCUCAAAUGACUGGAAAAGAAUUGCUGGUUUGUUAGAUGGAGUUGCUGGCACUGGUAUAGUGGAACUUGGUGAAGUUGAGCUUGCUUCCUACCUUGCUGAGACGAGGACCACAGGACAACCCUUCUUUCGAAAUGGUCUUCCUUCACUAGUUGUAUUUCCUCCAGGAUGUCGAAGUUCAUCUUGUCUUCUUAGGUACCAAGGAGAUCUCUUGGUAGAUGCAGUUGUUGACUGGUUUGCAACGACUGUACUUGGGUUACCUCGCAUUCUAUACUAUUCGAAAGAAUCACUGGGACAGAAGUUCCUUGCAAAGAGUGGUCAUCACAAGGUAAAAGUUAUUUUCUUUUCAAAAACAGGGGAGCGUGCUGCUCCAAUAUUGCGUCAAGCUGCCAAGGAUUAUUGGGCUUAUGCUUCCUUUGCAUUCGUGCUAUGGCGGGAAGAUGAAUCUUCCACUUGGUGGAAUAUGUUUGAGGUGGAGUCUGCCCCUGCUGUUGUGUUUCUGAAGGAUCCUGGUGUCAAACCUGUUGUGCACCAUGGAGCCAUCAACAGUUCAGAGUUUCUAAAUAUCGUAGAACAAAAUAAAUAUCAAGAUCUUCCCCAAUUAAGGAGCGUAACUUCAAUGGAGCUUGGCUGUGAUGCAAGAGCCUAUUCUCGUGCUGGAAAUGAUACCACAACUUGGUACUGUGUGAUUCUUGCUGGGAGGCUAAGCAUGGAGCUGAACAAAAUGCGUGAAACUAUGCGCAGGGUCCAAGACAUGUUAAGAAAUGAUGUCAAGUCUACUGCGGCCAACAAUGAUCUUUUUACGUCUUCAAUACCAGCUGCUGAAGCAUUAAAAAAGAAACGAUUAACAUUUACAUGGCUUGAUGGUGAAGAGCAAAAAAAAUACUGUUUCUUCUACCUCCAUUCAGAAAACAGUUAUGAAACCUGUGGACCACGAAGGGGCCUUAAUGAUGUACCACAAUUAUUUAUUGUGCGUUAUAAGAGGAAUUCUACAGAAGAUGAAACAAACGUUGAGAGGAAGCCCAAGACAAUAUGGGAUACACUUCAAAACGAUGUGGAUCCUGCAUCACAGCUUGUGGCGAGGUAUAAUGGUUCCAAUGACAUUCCACAGAUUAUUCAGUGGGUCUCACAAAUAAUCAAGGAUGGUGAUUCCAGGGAUCUCCCCUUAUUUAGGACAAAAACUCCUGAGCUUAUUCCUGAGGAUGCAGAUCCAAUCUGGUCAAGAGGGGCCCAGAGCAUUAGAUCUAAUACUGAAGGAAUGAAACAGAGGAUUCAGAGUGUCAUAAAUAGUAUCUAUGAUCUCUUGGCAGAUCCAAGACUUGGCCCAAUCUUUCUGUUAGGAGCAUUGAUAUCUUCUGGCAGCAUUUGGUGGCGAAGGAGUCAGUCCACUCAGCCAAGUCCAUCAAACCAACAGAGUACAAAGGAAAGGUUCAGAUCCAUGCAAAGAAAAAACACUAGAUUAUCAAAUCAAGACCUGCCACCAUCCAUCACUGAUGUGGAACCAAAAGAUGCAUACCAGGUGCUAUCAUCAGGGUCCGACUCUGAGUAGGUCAUGCUGUUCACAAGGAUGAAAAUUCAUAGGUCUCCAGGAGGGUGUAGAAAUCAUCAAUAUGGAAGUUUCAUAUUUGUGGUUGCCAA